AUGCAAUUAGACAUUGAUCUGAACCGAAUUGUUUUUAAUUACCACUGGCUCUUUGGGUCAGAAGACUUAAAUUUGCAUAAAACACAAUCUGUUCAAGCGCAAGAAGCAUUAGAAUUACUGAAGGAGAUUGAUUUGGAGGAAAGAAAACUUCACUAUGAAAAGAUUCUACAGCAAGAUGAAAUGCAAAAAAUAAAAUUACGAAUCACUGAGCUAACAACUGCUUUGCAAACAAAACAGCAGAAUUACCUUCACUUAAGUGAUCAAAUUGAGCAAAAUUGGUGUAAAUUGCAAAGUUUGCGACAUAUACAAAAAUAUUCUACCACCACACUGACAGUAAAGAAGACAACGUUUGAGCAGCAACAACAUAUAGACAGGUUCAUCAGUGCUACCUUUCGACUUGAUAAAUGCAGUGAAGUGCGCAAUGACGUGCAAACGAUGAAUGUCACGGAUAGAUCAGAGAUGUUCAGUGAAAUUCGUCAGAUUCCCGUUCACGUUCUCAGCAACUUUGAAUCUCAUAAGUUGAAAAAGCCAAUACCAAAAGAUGAAACUGAUCGAAUGAAUUAUAUACAAAAGUGCCGACUGCAAUUACAAAUUGAAUUCAAUAAGAUUGUUGUAUGUAAAACAUUGUAUCAACCGCUCGACAAUCAUUUUCAAGCUUAUUUUGGUCAAAUUUAUAGUUUGCAAGUGAGGAUUUGCUCGUUGACUUUAAUUCAGGUGAAAGACAUACCUGAAUCCGUUACGAUAACAAUUUUUGAAAAAGUGCCUAAAACUGAUGCUCGUAAAAUUGCUGUUGUUGGACUACCAUUGCCAGAUGAAAAUCACAUUACUGAAGGAUGUGGUACUGUAGUACCAGUUCAGUUUGCUAGUGAUUUAGUUAUCGAAGGGAUGUACUCAAGUCUUGGUUCUGGUAACGGUAAACCAUGCAUAGCUGGUGAACUGUACUGUAAUGCAUUUUGGGCUAAAGGUGCAUUUAAGGCCAAUAAACUACAUCAGUUUCCAACAUUUACUUUUAAACAGCAAUCUAAGGCAGUAAAAGUUACCGAUUUCAUACCAGAAGAAGUUCGACUAUGUACUGAUCAAGAAUUCAACAAUGACAUUAGAUUGCAAGCACUACAGCAUCGCAGCAAGCAAAAAAACGAAAUGAAAAAACUGAUACCACUACUUAGUUCUGAAAUGGAGCAUCAGAUAAGCGAUUCAUACGAAAAUGAAGCAAGCAGUCAAUUCAGUUACAAAGCUUGGAUUGACAAGCAUCGUAGCACUGGUCACAGAUAUGCAACAAUGAUACGAAAUCUAUUUUAUGAAAAAGCAGGUAAUGAACAACGUGUAGAAACGCUUCAAGGUUUGGUACACGAAGAACCAAUUCCUACAUUUUUUAAUGCAUUUAGUAGUAUGGUAAUUUCUCCUAUAAUGAUAUCACGGAAGUUACGUCCAACACGACGGAUGAUAACUAAACGACAGAUAACGAAUGAUGUGGAAUAUAGUCUCGUCAUCAACAUCCAAUCAGCCUUGAAUCUUCCUGAACCUGAAACCGGAAAGUUGUUUUCGUUUGUUGUAAUAUCAUUUCAGGGUUUGGCUGUGAAAACUUUUGCAUGCUAUGGACAAAACGCCAACUGGCAGCAUACAGUUGAAUUGAAAUUGGAUAGAGUUUACAAUCAAAAUAACGAUUUAAAAAAAAUUACUGAUUCAGUGCAUAUCACAGUUUACGAUCAAGUCUUAAGCAAGCUUGAUCAAGACGACCGAGAACCUAAUUCAGUGCAUGAACAACUGGAAAUUCGAUGGUUAGGUUCUUUGUCCAUACCUUUCAGUACUAUUUAUUAUGCUGGUAAAAUUGAUGGAACUUUACAACUUCAAACACCAUUAUUUCUCACUUCUUACAGAUACAAUAGCCAGCCAACUUAUUUGAAACUAUUAAUUGCCUUUCAACCAGCUAUAAGUCCGUUGAAAGUCAACUUAAUAAAAUACGUAAACAUACAUAGAAAAGCAAUGGAAUGGGAACAAAAUGCUACAAAUCGUUUUCCUGGUCGUCGUUACAUUAGCAUAAUACAAAGUACCACAGGAAAACGAGUAUUGGCCUGCAGAUUUUUACGGCCGAUUAAGCCACCAACAUCAUGUGUCUUGGACAAUAAUGACUCAUCACCACGAAAAUUGGCUCAUACACUAUGUCAGCUAGUUUCUUGUAUACCGUUCCUUGAAGAUGCAGUCAAUUUGCCAAAGUUUUGUGAUGUAUGGACCACUGUUGAUCAGUUUAUGCAAAUUGGAUAUGGAAGCGAAGAACAUGCCAUUUUGCUAUGUUGUUGGCUGUUGCAUUUCCAUAUUCCAUCGUAUGUGUUGCUUGGAGAAUCGUUACUGCAAGGUCCAAGAUCGACAUGUGUAUUAGCAAUGAUUCCAGAAGGUGCUAUAAUCUUAAAUGCUUCAUAUGGUACAUCUUAUAACAUAAAUGAUCCCCUUUGUCCUAUUAUAAGCAUUGGUACUGUAAUUACUAUCGGAAAUCACUAUGCAAAUAUCCAGCAACACGAACAUCCUAGUCAAAUGCAGUUUGAUUUUACUGUAAGAGUUGAAAAGUUACCACUAGAAUUUAUGAAUACUUCAAGAAGAGUGAAUAGAUUACAGAAACGUAAUAAAUGGUUACCAAUGUUUAACACCAAUCAAACUGAAUUAGAAUCAAUCCAACCAAAGCAGAUAGUUUAUUUGGAGAUGGAUAAAAAUGCGAUUCUACAGCUCAGAACUGACUUAGAGCGUGAAAUCCGUUUGAAAUUUGACCAGUCUCGUCAAUAUGGUAUCCCACAAUGGAAUUUACUCGCUUCCAGGAUGCUACGUGAGCUGUUAACUGAACAGGAAACAUUGGAUAAUAUAGAAAGAGUAAAUUACGCUUUAAUGACGCUACGUACAUCAUACCACGUAAAUGCUGUGGCAUUUCGCGAACGAUACACUAACUCAAAGGCAAUAAUUGACAAAUUACUUUCGUUGAAAAUGCAAGAAAAUAGCGAUGCAAGUGUACAGUUUGCAGUUGCAAUUCAUUUGCACCCUUUCGUGAAUAAUAUUUUGUCGUGUUCUGUUGCGAUUGCUGCACUAAAACCUUUGGUAAGGUGA